AGAGGCCAGAAUAAGCUAGGAUAGACAGCAGGGCCUUGACUAAUAUAGAAUAUGAAUCGUAACAGCUUUUUAUGAUAUAAAGCAACACCUAAUGGAGAGUCUGGCCUUCUGGCUAUAAAACUAAAUGUCACUGCCGCUUUGUCAAGCCUCAUUAUAAUACAAAAAACUGAACACUGACGUCACACUUCUAAUAAAUAUACAAAUUACACACAGAGGUGCAAAAUGGGACUCUGUAAAUAGCUAUCUCCACCUGUCCCCUGUCUCCACCGACAGGAACGGUUUUCUGACUCUGUCCAUCUUUGCUGGUUGUACUAAUAAAGGUGAGUUUUACUGUUUGACUUUGCAGAAGUGAAAGCACAAAUUGAACAUCUUACCAGAACAAGGCCUCUAAAUAAUGUGCAUAAAUCAAUCUGAUUCAGUGACCCAUGGUAAAUUCUCGGCUGUCCUAAAUUGAGUUAUAAUGUCAGAUGGCGUAUAGGCUGCAGGGCCUUGAACAUUUUAGCAUUUCACUGAACCUCUGUGCAAGUAAUUAUGCAGUUUUUCUUUGGGCCAUGAGUCAGGGGGAUUCAAAUGGCCCGAGAGUUUAAUGAGAUAGUAACAUAAAAACAUUAGUCAUUUGGCUGCCCACUUUCUCCACCUGCUCCCCUACGGGAUGUCGUUGAGAAUCACAUCGGAAACACCUGCUUCAAUCCCAUUUACAAAGUCAGUAAAACAGUCAAUCAAGCUGAAGAGCUGGUAAAACAUGACUGUGCCUUUGAAGCAUUGGCCACAACGCUUGUCUCUUUAUUGAGCCUAUAAUUCACCAGUGACUGCCUGUUGAUUUAUCACAGUUAGAAGGGAUGGGACUGUGGAUAUUGCUGAUGGCUGUUUUGGCCAGCAAAAGUGUGUGUGUGUGUGUGUUUGUGCUGUGGGGCAUGCAGGAGGGGGGACAGGCUACAGCUGGAAGUAUAUAACCCAGUUGGGACCAACAGAGCAUGUACAACUCUUCUUCCACCUGAGGACCACCGUGCAAAUCAGAUCCACUUCCAGCAACAGUGUCCUGUAGUGAUGAAGUGGAACCAUCUCCUGUCCUGGGCCUUCCUGCUCGUGGCCACCGGCCCACUGCUGGCCCACCCCAUCACAGACUCUGCAGAGAUACCCUAUGCAGGACCUGUAUCAGUGGAGGAUGGAGGAGUUGGCGCCUUGGAUGAUCUGUCGCUCUCUGAGCAAAUCUUCCCUCCUCAGGAUGGCGGGCUCAGAUAUUCCACUCUAAUAUCUGGGGAGUUUAACCGAGAUGGUGUCAGAACGGGCCUGCUCCCCAGGGGGAUGAAAAGAGAGGUCUUACUGGAGAAACAGAGUCUCCUAAAUCCUUUCAGCCAUGUGCUGGGCAUCCGGAAGCAGUUCAGGAAGCGAGCGGGGAAUUCUGAGUGUUUCUGGAAGUACUGCGUCUAAAAUGGUCAACAGACAUGGACCUUACUCAAGAGACAGGGCUUGCACUAAAACAACGAUUCUUAUCUUGCACUCACAUUAAAACAUGCAGACCAAAUAAGAAACAUCAUACAUGUACUGUAUAUACUGUAUGUGCCCACAUGCAUGCCCAGGUGCAUGUACUCACACAUACACACUCACAUACAUAAGCGCUGUCAGCAUUUGUUCACAAAAAGAACAAUGCCAUAGGUAUGGUUGAGACAAGUUGCUUGCGGACUUUAAGAUAAUUUAUUAAUAUCUUUUAUGUUGUGUGAAACUAUAUUAAUGUACACACAUUUGUUAAAAGUCCUUAGUUGUUUAAUGUAAGACCAAAUGUCUUUUAGUUGUGAAAGUCAAAGGUUAUACAGCACUGGAUGUUGAAUAGAAAUAAAAACUUAAUUAUAAAUACUGUAUUUGCAAGUUGUCUUUUCUUGAUAUAAGGUGUUGGUGAGAAACAUAUUGGCAGCAGAAUAAACCACUAUCCCUUUCCUAAAGUAAAAGAAGAAACAAAA